CAUAGUUUGGUGCGCUUACAGUUUCUAGUCCAGGGAUUAUUCUAAGUAACUAGGUAUAUAUUAUGUCGAAUGAACGGGAAAUGAUGGAUUUGAAUUAACUUAAUAAGAUGCACUUUAUACGAUAGUAAAUGCACUUAGUUCAUAAAGCCUUAAAGUUCACAGUUUGUUGAAUUACAUCUUUUAGAGUGGAGUCUGCUUGCAUGGCAGGAUGGGGGUGAAUAUUAUCCCGAGGGAAGAGUGGGGGUCGUGGGAUCCCUGGAGUCGCAGUCCCCGCCAUCCCCCCGCAGAUACAGUCCUGUGGUCCUACACUGAGACUGACGCCUGCACGACCAUCUUCCAGUGUCGCGACUAUAUGCAGCAGAUACAGCGACAACACAUCAGACUUCACAAACUUGAAGACGUCCCCUAUAAUUUUGUGGUAGGAGGUGACGGCAACGUAUACGAGGGACGAGGUUGGCUGUUGAGUCCUCAACUGGGAUCUGAGGAGGAGAGGCACAAAGGAACCAACUUGUACAUCGGCAUCAGUGGACGUCCAACUACCUCCAUUGAUGGUGAUGGACGGUCAGAAGCUCUUGAUGACCUGAUAAGAUUUGGAGUGAACUACAAACUUAUCACUGAAGAUUUUAUCAAAGUUAACCUUCCUAAAUUUACCCCGAAGAAUAAUGAUAGUGAAAUGGGUAGAUCAAUAAAAUUUCACCUUGAUGACAUGUUAUCAUGAUAUACAUGACCAGCAGGACGGUUGAAUAUUGUAAAUGUUUGGACAAAGCUCCAAAACUCUUACUACCAAGUUGAUAGCUAUUCAUUUAAAUCUGUGAGUUUAAUUGCAUGAUGUCACUUAAAUAGGAGAUAGUAAAUAGUAAAAAAGAACGGCGAGGUGAAGGCUUUAGAGAAUCAUAUAACCUUCGUAACAAUAAUGCUGUGCUACAAAAAACCAUUAGCAUUGUCAUUGUUUACUCUAUUGAACGUAUUUUUAACACCAAACUAUCUGUGUUUAAUAAA